UGUUUGUGCAUUUUUUGGGGAUUGUAUCGAACACCAAGUGAAAAAUAAGAUGAAAUUAUACGAAUAGAAGCAACAAAAACACCUUUCUUUCUCCUCCAUAAAAAUGCCCCAUGUAUCACCACUGCGGCGGGAAACCAUACCUUUUUUCUCCAAAACCUCCAUAUUCCCUUAAUGCCCUUUACCGGAACCCUAGAAAUCCCCAAAUUUCAGUUCUAAUUCAGUUGAAAAAUCUCAAUUUUACGCAAAAUUCGAUUCGAUUUUCUUACUAACUAUCAAUUCAAUGGCGUUACCUUCAACUGAAUCUACUGUUCCGCCUAACGAAGAACGCCCGAAACGGCCCGCUGUUGGUGAAGAGGAAGAUGAGAGAGAAGGAAUUACGCCGUUAAAGUAUGUGCCGUUGUGCGAUGUGUAUUCCGCUACUUCUCCGUAUGUUGGUGGUGCUACUGGUUCGAAAAAAGUUAAAGCUGCUAGGAAAAUUGUAUCACAUUUGGAAUCCGAUGAUGAUCGGAAGCAUUUAGAGAUUCGGAGACUUCCAAUUACUCAAUUUUAUACUCGGAGGAGAAAGAGGAAGCGGCAGGAGGAAUCGUUUUAUGAUUCGUUAGUUUCUAGAUCGGUGAAAUUAGCUAGAGAAAAUGGUGGAAUUGACGGGGAAAAGGAGAAGAGGAAGGUUGGUAAUUUGAAGGUAGUUUUUCGAUUAGCUAGUUGUAAUGGGGAUAGAGGAAGUCAGGUUGAUGUGGGGAGAGAAGAGGAAGUGGGUGUGAAGUUUAAGGAGAAGAUGAAAAGGAAGGCGGUUAAUUCGAAGCUUGUGGCUUUAGCGAAUGGAAAUGGAAAAGACGAGGCCAGAGCUGAUGAAAUGGUUAUAAAGAAUAAGGGGAAACAGAAGAGAAAAAUUGGCAAUUCAAAGCAUGUGAAUUUGUCCAUUUUGAAGAAUGGAAAUGAAGGAGAUGAAGGCAAAGAUGAUGAAAUGUCUGAGAAGAGUAAGGGGAAGCAGAAGCAAAAAGUGGGCAAUUCAAAGAUUGUUAGGAGUAAGGAUAAGAAGAAGAGGAAUGUGGAUGAUAUGAAGCUAGCUUCUCAUUCUGUGAAAUUAUCCAAUUCUUCCAGAGGCAAGAGAGUCGGCAAGGGGGAGAUUGAGGUCGAAGAAGAGAAUGUGGUUGCAAAGAAUAAGGGAAAGAGACAGGUGGGAAAUUUUGAAGUAGUGAAUUUGUGUGUCAAGAGUGAGAGGGAUGAUGAGGGAGAAGCUGAUGGAGUAGCUGGUGUGAAACAUAUUAAGAAGAAGAGGAAGAUGGUUAAUUCGGACCUGGAAGAUUUGGGGGUUGAUGGUAAUGUAAGUAAUCUGUUGAAUGAGUCUUGCUCGGGAAAAACUCGAAACAGUGCUGGUAAAAAUAAAAUUGAUACCAAUCGCAGUGGUAACAAUUGCAAAGACAUUAAUUCAACGGGUAACAUCAAGAAGCGAAAAGAAAAUUGUAUUUUGGAAAAUCACUCGAAUAACAAAAGCUCAGGGUCAAUUCGGACCAAGAAAUGGGUUUGGCUGCAUUGUGAAGGAGUUGAUCCCAAGAAAUUUAUUGGACUAAAGUGUAAGGCGUAUUGGCCAUUAGAUGCUGAAUGGUACGUUGGUCACAUAAGUGGGUACGACUCGGAGACUGCACGGCAUCAUGUGACAUAUACAGACGGGGAUAAUGAAGAAGUGCUUUUAUCAAAUGAAAGGAUCAAGUUUUUUGUUUCACUUGAGGAGAUGAAUCGUUUGAAGUUGACACCCAGCGAUACGUGUCCUGAAACUCAUGGAAUCGAUAUUGAUGAGUUAAUUGUUUUAGCUGCCGAUGCUGGUUCGGAGGACUGUGAAUGUCACGAGCCCGGAGAUAUUUUAUGGGCAAAGCUGACUGGUUAUGCCAUGUGGCCUGCCAUUGUUCUAGAUGAAUCUCUUGCUGACGGGUGUAAAGGUUUAAACAAAGUUUCAGGGGAAAAAUCAGUUCUUGUGCAGUUCUUUGGAACCCAUGAUUUUGCUAGGGUCAAGUUCAAGCAAGUUAUAUCUUUCCUACGAGGUCUUCUUUCUUCCUUUCACCUCAAGUGCAAAAAACCAAAGUUUGUUCAAGCUCUGGAGGAAGCAAACAUGUAUCUUUGUGAACAGAAGCUCUCAAAGAGGAUGCUGCGGUUGCAGAAUCGUAUCAAUGCAGAUAAGAAUAUUGAAAAUGGAGAAGAUGAAGGUGGUUCUGAUUCAGAGGAUGAAGGGUUGAGGAGAAAGCUUGAGGAAGUCAGAAGUUGCCCAUUUGAAUUGGGGGACUUGAAAAUAGUUAGCCUUGGAAAUAUAGUAGAAGAUUCGGAGCUCUUUCAAGAUGAGAGGUUUAUCUGGCCAGAAGGUUAUACUGCUGAGAGGAAGUUCCCGUCAGUAACAGAUCCCGGUGUGCGUGUCUCAUAUAAGAUGGAGGUACUGAGAGAUCCUGAUUUCGGGGCACGUCCUUUAUUUAGAGUUACAUUGGACAGUGGAGAGCAGUUUAAGGGGUCUACACCAUCUGGCUGUUGGAGUAAGGUUUAUAAAUGGAUGAGGAAGACUCAAGUCAACAAUUUUGAUGAAUCAAUAACUGGCUGUGAAAGUGAAACAAGCUUUGGAUCAGGAUCCCAUAUGUUUGGCUUUUCACAUCCUGAAAUAUUUCAACUUAUAAAGGAAUUGUCAAACUCCAGGCUUCUUGCGAAAUCCUUGAAAUCGGCGUCUUUGGAAACUCAAGACCUGCCUGCUGGAUAUAGGCCUGUCCGCAUUAAAUGGAAAGAUCUGGACAAAUGCAACGUUUGCCAUAUGGAUGAGGAGUAUGAGAAUAAUUUGUUUUUGCAGUGCGAUAAAUGCCGAAUGAUGGUUCACGCUAGAUGCUAUGGGGAGCGGGAGCCAAUGGAUGGAGUACUUUGGUUAUGCAAUUUGUGUCGUCCAGGGGCUCCAGUAGUGUCUCCCAUUUGUUGCCUGUGCCCUGUUGUUGGUGGUGCUAUGAAGCCUACAACUAAUGGACGUUGGGCUCAUCUUGCUUGUGCCAUUUGGAUACCAGAAACUUGCUUAUCUGAUAUAAAGAAAAUGGAGCCAAUUGAUGGUUUGAGCAGGAUCAGCAAGGACCGCUGGAGGCUCUUAUGUAGUAUCUGUGGUGUUCCUUAUGGAGCUUGCAUUCAGUGUUCUAACCAUUCGUGUCGGGUGGCUUAUCAUCCUCUUUGUGCACGUGCUGCUGGCUACUGUGUUGAGCUUGAGGAUGAAGACAGAUUGCAUUUAAUCCCUAUGGAUGACGAUGAAGAGGGUCAGUGCAUUCGGUUGCUUUCUUUCUGCAAGAAGCAUAGAGAUGUAUCUAACGAGCGUCCUUCUGUUGAUGAGUGUGUUGGGCAAAGAACUUGCGAAUGUUCAGACUAUACUCCUCCACCGAAUCCUUCUGGAUGUGCUCGCACUGAGCCUUACAAUUAUUCUGGAAGAAGAGGAAGAAAAGAACCUGAAGUCUGUACAGCUGCGUCGUUGAAGCGCUUGUAUGUAGAAAAUAGACCAUAUUUGGUUGGUGGCCAUAGUCAACAUGAUCAAUCGAGCGGCAAAUUGUCUUCCUCAUUUGCUGCUUCUAGAUUCACCGUUGACCUUCAAAAGCUAAGGUGUUCACAGCUUGAUAUGUCAAGGAGCAUCCUUUCCAUGCCUGAGAAAUACAACUACAUGAAAGAAACCUUUAGAAAAAGACUGGCAUUUGGGAAAUCUGGAAUACAUGGAUUUGGCAUCUUUGCGAAGCUCCCUCAUGAAGCGGGAGACAUGGUAAUUGAGUACAUUGGAGAUCUUGUUAGACCUCCUAUUGCUGACCGACGGGAGCACCUAAGUUACAACUCACUAGUGGGUGCUGGAACAUACAUGUUUCGAAUUGAUGAUGAGCGUGUUAUAGACGCCACAAGGGCUGGAAGCAUUGCACAUUUGAUCAACCAUUCAUGUGAACCGAAUUGUUACUCCAGAGUUAUCAGUGUCAACAACAAUCCACAUAUCAUCAUAUUUGCCAAACGUGAUAUUAAACAGUGGGAAGAACUGACAUAUGAUUACAGAUUCUUCUCUAUUGAUGUACAGCUGGCAUGUUGUUGUGGGUCCCGAAGAUGCCGAGGUGUAGUAAAUGACACUGAAGCUGAGGAAAGAAUGUCAAAGCUGUAUGCGCCGCGCAAUAAGUUAAUAGACUGGGAAGGAGAAUAAAAGAGCUUUUACCAAGAAGGUUCAGAAGCACCCUUUUUUAUUUGAAGAUCAUGUUAUCCUCCUCAGAAAUCCUUUCCUUCGAAGUGACGUGGCUUUGGUUGCUUGCUCCUCCUUGCGGCUUGACUACUUCUACCUGGCUCAGAUGUCCUUUUGCUCCAGGCCUUGCAAUUUUCUUCUGCCUUUUGCACCAAGACGAGAGUUGCUCUGGAACUUCUUUGCGGGCUUAUUUCUUCCCCGCUUCUCAUUCUGAUCAUGAAUAUCUCUGUACAGAAUUGCCAAAUUAGAGUAAAGGCCUCCUCAUAGAGGGGAAAAGACUGGCUGAAGGAAAUGCGUUUUCUUUAGCUCAUAGUUCCUUGAAUAAUCGCCUCUCCUCUCAGAGAUGUAAUUCUGAUGAGAAGUUAGAAGGAUCAAACUCCUGAUGCAGCCUCAAGAACAUCCAUGAUUUAAGCCACAAGGUGAAUCUGAACCAAAUGACUCUAGCAUGGGUGUCUCAAAUCUGUUCAUAUACUCAGCUUUUGGACCUCAAGUGCAUGAUUUAUUUGUCCAACUCCAACCAAACCUUGUAUUUGACAAUGUUAACUUCUUCAGUUUGUAUGGCGACUCGAAGAACGUUAGAGGAAAGAUGAAUUUGCUCAUGGAGACAAUAUCAUUCAUAUGUUCCUGGAUAUCACACACACCAAUAUCCAUCAAUUUGAGAGUGUUGAUUCUGUAAGUAGAUUGAUUACACAUUGAUGUAAUAUAGGAUUAGUGUGUAUUAGUAUCCCACAUUGGGAAACAAAACCACGUGUAUCGAAAAUGAUUCAAGCAUAAGAUAUUGUUCUUCGUUUCCAACUCUCAGUAUACUCUUCUGUUCAUCUUAUUUCUCACAUUCAGAAUAUCAGUGAAACAUGAUUAUGUAAAUGUGUGUGUUGAAAUGUGUUGUCUAGUAGAUA